AUGCACAGAACAACUCGAUCCCCAAUGAUGCAAACCCUGGUCAACUCGGGAAUGGGCAUAGCUCCUUUCUUCAAGGUGACUGUGUUCGAGCAGGAGCACUUCCAGGGCAAGUGCCAGGAGUUCACCUCUGAGUGCUGUAACAUCCACGAGUGUGGUCUGGACAUCAUCCGCUCCAUCAGAGUGGAGAGUGGAGCCUGGGUGGGCUUUGAGCACCAUGAUUUCCAGGGCCAGCAGUUCAUCCUGGAGAGAGGAGAGUACCCCCACUGGGACGCCUACAGCGGCUCCCUGUCCUACCACGUGGAGCGUCUCAUGUCCCUGCGUCCCAUCUAUUGUGCUUCCCACAUGAGCAGUCGUAUGAUGAUUUUUGAGAGAGAGAACUUCAUGGGCCGCAGUGUUGAGCUGUGUGACGACUACCCCUCCCUGCAGGCCAUGGGCUGGUCCAUGCCCGAGGUCGGCUCCAUGCACGUGCAGUGUGGCGCCUUUGUGUGCUACCAGUUCCCCGGCUACAGGGGCCAGCAGUACAUCAUGGAGUGUGAGAGACACAGUGGAGAUUACCAGCACUGGAAGAACUGGGGCUCCCACUGCCAGACCCCUCAGAUCCAGUCUAUCCGCCGUAUCCAGCAUUAA